AUGGCUGAAAUUAAACUAAGUGAUGAUGUAUUUGAACAAAUAAAAGAUUUUGACAAUCAUAAUUUGACCGAAGAACAAGAAUCGUUAAUCGAUAAACUAAUAACAGACAAAGAAUUAAAAGAACUUUAUAAAGUAUUUGGUUUAUGUAAAGAAUGUAAGCAGCCUAAUACUGGUUAUUGUGUUUGUUGGCCAUGUAUUUUACAGCAUUUUAAACAAAAUUUCAAAAAUUGGACAAGUGGAAAUCAUGACGUUGAUGAAUUUAUUAAAAAAGCACAAUUGAAAGCUAAAGAUCCAAGGCAUAUCAUAGAGUGGAUUGAAUAUGAUAAAUUUGAAGAUGUUGAAUAUUUAGCAAAAGGAGGAUUUGGAACUACUUUUAAAGCAGUUUGGAAAGAUGGAAAUAUUUUGAGAUGGAAUUAUGAUAAUAAUCAGUGGAAAAGAAAUGGUGAGACAAAAGUUGCUUUAAAAUGUUUAUAUAAUUCACAAGGUAUUACAGCAGAUUUUUUAAAAGAAGUUGAAUCAAAUAUUUUAGUAUAUCAUUCUGGUUGGACAGUUUGUUGUUUUGGUAUUACAAAAGAUCCAAAAACAAAUAAUUUUAUGAUGGUGAUGCAAUUAAAAGAUGGUAGUUUAAGACAACAUUUGAAUAACUAUUUCAUUUCACUGAAUUGGAGCCAAAAAUUGAUGAUUUUACAAAGUGUUGCAAAUGGUCUUAAAGAUAUUCAUCAUGAAGGUUUAAUUCAUCAUGAUUUUCAUUGUGGGAAUAUAUUAAGUAACUUUAUUGGCCAAGCUUAUAUUACUGAUUUGGGACUAUGUCAACCAGCAAAUGUCGGAUUCUCUCAAAAUAGUAAUAAAAAAAUAUAUGGAGUAUUACCUUAUGUAGCACCAGAAGUUUUAAGAGGAAAAGAAUAUACACAAGCAAGUGAUAUUUAUGGAUAUGGAAUUAUUGCAUAUGAAAUUUGUACAGGUUUCCCACCUUAUUAUGAUAUAGCUCAUGAUGAAUUUUUAGCAAUGAAAAUUUGCAAGGGGUUGAGGCCAAAGUCCAAUUAUAAAAUUCCUCAAUUAAUUUUUGAUACUAUUAAUCAAUGUUGGAAUGCAGACCCUUUAAAACGACCUAAUGCAUAUGAAUUAUCUAGGUUAUUUUAUGGUUUAUGGGCUGCUAUUAAUAGUAGUAAAGUGGAUUCUGUAAUUUAUAGGCAAGUUAAAGAAACAGAUGAUAUUAAUAAAAACUUGUCAUCUUCAAUGGAUCAACCACCAUUAUCAUCUACUAGUAAUCUCUUAUAUACAACACACCCUCAAGCAGUUUAUACAAGUAGUCUUUUGGAUUUUAAAAAUCUUCCAGAACCCAAAAAUGCAGACAAUACUGAUUUAGAAUAUUCAGAUUCCUUAAAAAUGGAUUUUACUAAACUUGAUAUUAAUUCUAAAGAUGGAGGAAAUUAA